GCAAUUUUAGUAAGAACUAGCCACAAAUAUAUCAAGCUUUUUCGUGGUCUCCAUUCCGUGUCUUGAUGGAAAUACAUAAUAUCAGACAAACUCCCAGCGUUGAUCGAGGCCUCUUGUAUACAGCAUCAAAUCCAAACACAGCCUGCUCAACACAACUCUCUCGCCUCAACCACCACACGAAAAUACCACACUCUGCACUCAGUCGAUUACAAAACACCGGCCAACAUGCAGUUCCGCGCCUCCCUUGUUGCCGCCGCCGGCCUGUUCGCUAUGGCCAAUGCCCGUAUCAGCGGAAUCGCCUUCCCCGAGACCGUUAAGGCCGGUGACCAGGUCAAUGCCAUCAUCGAGACCGAGGGCUACAUCCAGUCCGUCCAGGACAUCGCCAUCGCCUUCGGCAUGGCUCCCGAGACCUCCGCCCACCCCGGCACCCUCGGCCAGAAUGUGCUGGGCUCGUUCUACCUCGGACCUGAUAAGUCCAACACUGUCGAGAAUAUCACUCAGUCCGUAACCGUCCCUGCCGGUCUCGCUGCCGGCCAGUACGUUUUCGCCGCUGGCCUGUACAGCUUGUAUGGUGCCUCGUCGUCCACGACCUUGUCCAACUACAACGUUACCAUCACCGUUGGCGACGCGACGAGCGAUUCCUACGUCAGCAGCCGGCAGUAGAAAGAGCUCGGGGAGUUAUUUGAGCAGCAUGCGCAUGUGGCAUGAAAACAGCCCUGGAAUUUGUCCGCCUGGAUGGAUAAGUUGCAAGUCUUACGGAUGGAUCAUGACGGCCAGUGAGCCGUUCCGACAGAGCGCACGGCACUGUUAAUGUCGUGACAAUCAAAUGAAUAUUAAUGACUCGGGCGUUUGUAGCUUGAGCCCCUUGCGACUAGGCAAAAAAUAAUGACUAUUCCAACUGUUAAUGCGAAAGCACUUGAGGUGUUUCUCAAGAUUGGUUGCUAUUACAAAG